GAAUGUCAAAUUUACGGACCAAUCAAAAUUCAAAUGUCAAUUAUCAAAACCUAUGGCUACAUAUCUAUUUAUUUAUUAGUCUCUGCAUUUAAUGUGAAUUGUCAAAUUUAAUAUUUUUUUUUCAACAUACAAAAUAAAAUAAGUAUUUUAACUAAAGGCUAAAACAAUAAUUGGUUUUGUUUAUUCAGUCUUUUCUUCACAGUUUUUACUUUCAAGCUCGUUGAAUUUAACCAUCACGUUGUUAAAGUUGGCCUAGAAUGAAUCUUGGUGAAAUUGCAAAGAAAUGUUAACGCUGUUUUUUGAAAAUGUUUGAAUCAGAUGAUUUUGAUCAGGUCCUUUCUCAGUUUGAGAUCCCCGAAGUGCUACCAGAGGAGAAAUAUUCACAAAAAGAGAAUGUAACAAGUCAUAUAAAGAAACCAGAUAAUCCAGUUGAAUCUAAUUCAAACAAGUUAGUAACUGUAAAUGAGAGUUUUAAGCCACCCACAAAUAAUGUUUUAAGGGAACAAGCAAUAUCCCCAAAGCAUAUCAAAAGAAAAAUAAUUAAUUCAUAUUUUGAUCACAAAACUAAAAGGAAAUUUCCUGGUCCUGCUGGUAUACUAAAUGGUAGUAUGGAGGAACCUGAAGACCACAGCAUUGGUCAUAUGGAACUGCUAUCUCAGGAUAUAGAUUUCUCACAACAUAAUCUACAAAAACAUAUAUUUGAAUCACCACUAUGGACCAGAUUAUUAAUUGAUGUAAAAAGAUGGAAUUUAUGCAAUAUAGAUACAAUUAAAAGUAUUAAACAACAGGCUAUUAGUGGAAUUUUGAAAAGGAGGAAAGCUCAAACAAUUACUGCAUUUGUUGAAGCUGUUGAUAGAUCUGCUAUAGACCCCCUAAUUAUACUUAGAGAUGCAAGUGGCUCAAUAAAAUGCACACUACACAGGGAUGCAUGGUCACAGUUCUCACCUUAUAUUGUAUCACAAUAUUGUGUGCUAAUAUUGUCAAAGCCAACAAUAUUGAUUACAGGAAGUGCCUUCAAAAAGCAUUAUUUAAACAUAACAUUAAAUAAUAUAUAUGCCAUAUACAGCUCAGCUGUUUUGAAUGAUGAUGCAGAAAAAAAAGACAUGUGCGAGGGAUAUGAAGUUGUGCAAGAAGAAGAUUUUACUGUGAUAAAAGCUAUCAAUUUGUCAAGUACAAAUCCAGAUUUAAAUAAUGAUUUAGAUGCUAGUGGAAAUAAUAUAUUAGAUGGUUUAGAUAGCAUAUUUUCCGAAGACAUAUUUUGAAUACUAAACAUUAUUAUAUAGAAAGUGAUAACAUAAUAAAAAACUCUGUCAAGAUAUCAAAGAUUACGUCGAAAUAUAGCGAAGGCGCGAGUAAUGCUCCGCACAACUGCAAUAAUUGUUCAUGCCUUUUUGCUUGCGGAAGGCGUAUGUCCCGAACGUACACUUUUACGAUUUGUCACUUUAAAAUUUGCGUAGUUCACUAGCCGUAUGCGAAUAAAUUAGCAUGCGUGCGUAUAGCUCAUCAGCAAUUCGCAAUUACACCCAGUCAUUAGAGACUUACCACAUUGGACGAAUGCGAGUGGAGCGGAGGCGCGACGAUUUUGUAGGGGACGUGCUUUGAACAAUAUGUGAGCUUCCAAAUCAUUUUGGACAGUCAGAAUGGAUUCCAACAAGGAAACAUUAUAAGCAGAAGAUGCCGAAAACCUACGUAGAAGCAGGUACUUACUGCAAAGAAUUCGGGAAAAUCAUUUAAUGAUUUUGCAAACAAGUGAAUAUUUGUUCCUACGUAAGAAUAUCGACCUACAUUUUACGAGUAAUUGCAUCUAAUACAAUUAUACUUACGACGCAAAUACACACUUAUGAAAAUAUAAUUUAAUUGAAGAAAAGGGUUGUACGCAAUGACGUUUUACAAAUAGACGCGUCAUACACCAACAAAAUGGCACAUAAAAACGGCGCAUUAUUUGCUAUAGUCACGUACCUGUACAUAUAAUUACAAAUUGGCUCGAAGAAGGAAUAAAAAGAUGCAGAAUACAUUCGCUGGAAAAGGAUAUAUAUACCUACAUUGAGAGUUAAGUAACAACGUUAGAGCCGCACGCUCAUUGGACGUCAAGUCUGGCAAUUGCCUUGCUUUCGUCUUGUCAGUAUUGAGCUCGGACAACGUAUCUAUGUAAUAAAAACAUCUUAGGUUGUACGAGAAUGUACGUAGAGUCGAUGAAUGAAGAUGUGGCGCAUUCGGAAUUCGCUGCGUCGCUCGUAGCUCCGCUAUAAAUCCGCCAGUGUCAGAAGAGCAUUUGACCUACACAUACUCCAAAGAAAAGUAACUUCAAACCAAUCUUUCUGUUUGAAAAAUAUUCAAGAAUGAUUUUUGUAAAUAAAAACAAUUCAUAUACCGAGAACAUUUAA